UCUACUUCUGACCCCGCCACUCUCCCUCUCGUGCUGCGCGCUUCGCGUGGCUGCCACCGGAGUUGAUGGAGCCCCGAGUCUCAUUCACUUCUGGCGUCUGAGAGAGGCGAUGCAGCAGCGUGCGGGCCUUGCGAUGAUGGCCUGGAUGGUGCUGCUGGCUCUACCGUGGCUCACGCUGGCGGAGCAAGACUGUAUGCUUUCGAUCCCGCUGUCUCCACUCCACUCAACUCCGCGUGCGAACGUGACUCUCCCGUGUCACGCCCGCUCUCCACACUGCACUCUCCAGAUGAUCACGUGGUCUAGAUUGAUUUCCAUUGAGGAAGCGGAGACGAUAGUGACCUGCAACGGGAGCCUUUGUGAGGUCACGGCAUCAGGGUACCAGGGCAGAGUUCGCCUGGCCACAUCGCAGUCCCACAACAGCUCAUUGAUCCUCACCGAUGUGAGGCUCAACGACACCACGAGAUACAACUGCGUGCAUCAAUGGAGACUCGGAGAUGUAUUCCAGAAGAGCACGAUUGCUGUGGAUCUCAACGUCACCGAACUAUCUCGUUUUCCAGAGGGGACCACAAUUUCGACUCAAGUCACCGAAGCCGGGCAAGAGGAACGCAAAUCCGACGAAGGCCGAGGGAGCCGUAGCAAGGUUGGCGCAGUGGAGCCAGAGCAAGAAACCAACACUGCAGCCCAUGUGCCUAUGUGGUAUUACAUGCCGGCAGUGGUGCUAGUGGUGGUGAUGGCAGUGGGUCUGCCACUCCUGUAUCAUUUCACAUGCAAGAAAAAGUCAGUAGCGGUGCUGCUGUACCCUUCCACGAGCUUGGACGGGCGGACCGAACCACGCGCCAUGCAGAAUGACGCUGCUGGCGAGGUCUUCUACGAGACGGUGAACAUGGGCGAUGAAGAACCACGCGAUUCUAUGGCGGGCGAGGAGCCCCACAUCCACGGCUCUCCGCUGCCAGUCAUCUACUCAACCGUCAAUGAAGUCUCUUCGGGGCCUAACUCUUAAAUCGCCCUCUAUUGUUGUUAACUAUUAUUAGUAGAACUCCUUCUUCUUGUUGUGUUUAGUUUGUUGUUCUCCCUGCUCCCCGCACCUCCGAUUGUUAUUUGUAUUGUUGUCUAUGUGGGUGUGUGAAAAUUUGAUGAAAAUAAUGAAGAUUGAAUGAAAUUUCAAAUGUGCAUAAAUAAUCUGAAAUUACGUUAAUAGAAUAUGCUAAUUCGAGAGGUAAUCGUAUUAAUUUAUACGAGUGGGUGUGGUUAUAUUAAUGCUAACCUUUAUGAUAAUCAGGCCCUGCCUCGUUGACGAGGUGGUGUUAUCAAUCGGGAUAAUGCAAUCAAUCGUAUGCAGUUAUGCUAGUGUCACCUCGGCUUCGUUGUCUCCCCUCGUAUUAUCGACCAGUAUAAUACAAUGAUUCUCGCUUUAACGUUUAUUGGGUGGAUAAGUGUAUUUAUAUUUUAGUUCCCAAGUUCAUAUCCUUCUCGCUUUAACAUUACUGAGUGAAUUAGUGUGUUUAUAGUUUAGGUUCCCAGGUUCAUAACUCAUCGCAGGAUACAGAUCUUACGCAAAAAUUUCAGGAAAGAAUCACACGACCACUUCUGUAUUAAUAAAUGUAUUUAUAAUGAAACCUUAACUAUAAUAUAGUAUGUGAACUCUGAAUCUCGGAACGUCAACACGGUAUCAAUACAUUAUCAUCAACGACUGUACGAUUUCACUUUGACAACGGCACAUAUAUCCCGCAUAACGCGAUUGUGGUUAGUGAGAGAGAGUCGUUAAAACAUGCAAAUGCUAUGCUAAACAAAAACGUAUACAUUUUAAUAUGAACGAUUAUUAUGCUUGAAAUUGUCAGCACAGUAUCACAGGCGAUUGAUUAACAUGCAACGGUAUCCAUAUAAAAAGACGACCAAACAGGUAUUAUUUCCAAAGGCAUAAAUGUACAACAGAUCCACCGGACAGAUUAUAGGAUUACCGAAAUGGCCUAGUGUGAGGGUGUGCGGCGGGACGUUUUAUCUCACGGGAGAUUAAUUAAUUCGUGAAAAAGAUUGUAUGAUCGGAAAAUCUGUUUAGCACGAUUCCUCCCCGGGAGCGUAGCUCCAUGGCGAAGGUGCCAAGGGUUAAUUCGUAUUGAUGGAUCGGUUGGCAACUUAUGCGAUUAGAAGUACAGCCCAAAACAAAAUAUUAAAGAGGAACAUUAUGCAUAUACUCAUAAACGACGGAUGGUUAUCACUCGGUCUCGUUGUGAUGCCUUCACGGGCAGUACGUU